AAGGAGGAGUCAAAGCUCUUCCACUCCACGUCUCUGCUUCUUUAUCCACCACUUUCCAAUUAGGGUUCAAUGUAUCUCUCCUCUGACAAACCUCGUUCCAUCGAUUUCUACAAAGAAGCCACCGCCGAUAGAGCCAUGUUAAUUGAACCUGAACACCCACCCCACCCCCACCCACAACAGCCACAGCAACAACUCAUGAUUAUGGCGGACAACAACAAUAACACCAGCAGCGGCGACGAUCACGAACUCAGAGCUCCCAAGAAAAGAGCCGAGACUUGGGUCCAGGAAGAGACUCGGAUCCUGAUUGGUCUCCGUCGUGAAGUCGACAGGUUCUUCAACACUUCCAAGUCCAAUAAACAUCUCUGGGAGCAGAUCUCCUCCAAAAUGAGGGAUAAGGGUUUUGAUCGUUCACCCACUAUGUGUACUGACAAAUGGAGAAAUUUGCUCAAGGAGUUCAAGAAGGUCAAGCAUAAAAACGGUAAAGGAAGUGGCGGUGCUACUAAAAUGUUGUAUUAUAAGGAUCUCGAAGAGUUGAUUAGAGAUAGAGCCAAGAAUGGAACUUACAAGGCUACCUCUCCUACUUCUUCCAAGCUCGAUUCAUUCAUUCAAUUCUCUGAUAAAGGGCUAGAGGAUGGGAGUAUUCCAUUUGGACCCAUGGAAGCUAAUGGCCGAUCAACAGUCAACCUUGAAAGGCCUUUGGAUAAUGACGGUGAUCCUCUUGCCAUCACUACAGCUGAAGCAGUUGCUGCAAAUGGAGUCCCCCCAUGGAACUGGAGAGAAACCCCUGGAAAUGGUGGUGAAGGUCAGUCUUCUUAUGGGAGGAUCAUAACAGUGAAGUGGGGAGAAUACACGAGAAGGAUUGGUAUUGAUGGAUCGACAAAAGCAAUAAAGGAGGCAAUAAAAUCUGCAUUUGGGAUACGAUCUAAACGUGCAUUUUGGUUGGAAGACGAAGAUGGGGUGAUCCGGGCACUAGACAGAAGCAUGCCUGUGGGGAGUUAUAAUCUCCAUUUAGAUGAAGGAGUGUCUAUAAAAAUUUGCCAUUAUGAUGAAUCUGGACGUAUAGCUGUGCGUACUGAAGACAAAACGUUCUACACGGAGGAGCAUUUACACGAGUUUCUGUCUCAGCGUGGGUUGUCGGGGUUAAGAGAGAUAAACGGGUAUAGAAGUUCUAACAAUGUGGACGAUUUACGUCUUGGUGCGGUCUACCAAGAGGUGAGAUUACUGGGAGACUAGAAUUUAGAUGACACUCAGCAAAGUGACCGAAGAUGUUGUUAUCAUGUGUUAAUAUUGUGGUGGCAAAUCAGCAGUAGUUGUUAUACUCCAUUGGAUCUCUAAGAAUGUUGUCAUUUUGUGUUGUGCAUAUUGAGGAGAGACUCUUUAACCUA